AUGCAGUCACUAUCAAAGAAUGAGUCCAGUGUCUUGGUAUUUACACUCUCUGCUCUAAAUGAAACAAUGGAAAAUAGAUAUGUCUUGUUUUCUCUUACCGCACUAUACUAUCCCUUGAUGGUCUUUUGUAAUGUAACUAUAAUUACAACUAUACUCUUACAUAAGAAGCUUCAUGAGCCAAUGUAUGUGUUUAUAUGUAAUCUGUGUGUAAAUGGACUUUUUGGCACUUCUGGAUUCUACCCUAAAUUCUUGUAUGAUUUAUUAGCACACGAUCAUGUGAUUUCUUAUGCUGGAUGUUUGAUUCAGAUAUUUGUCAUUUAUUCAUCUAUUCUGUGUGACUUUUUCACAUUAACAGUGAUGGCAUAUGACAGAUAUGUGGCAAUAUGUACACCACUGGAGUAUCAUUCAAAAAUGACAAAUCAGAUAAUUUUGAAAUGUAUCCUUUACUGCUGGCUGGCUCCAUUUUUUUCAAUGUCUGUUCUUAUUAUUUUAUUAUCUAGACUCACCUUAUGUGGCUUUAAUAUUGACAAGUUAUAUUGUGAGGUUUGGGCAGUUGCAAAACUUUCUUGUUUUUCUACAAUAGUAAAUAAUGUGUUUGGGUACAUUGUUAUUCUUACAUGUUUUGGACAUGCAGUAUUGAUAUUUUGCUCAUACAUUCACUUGAUUAGAAAGUGCAGGAAGUCAAUAGAGGGCAGGCACAAAUUCAUGCAAACAUGUGUACCACAUCUGCUUGCACUGAUCAAUGUGACAGCUGCAUUUAUGUUUGAUGUACUGUACAGUCGUUAUGGCUCAAAGAAUGUGCCUCAAGGUGUGCGUAAUUUCAUGGCUCUUCAAUUCUUAGUUGUACCACCUAUUUUAAAUCCUCUCCUUUAUGGACUAAAUCUGACAAUAGUGCGCCAGCAUAUUAUGAGAUUGUUUUUCAAGAAACAAAUGGGAAUAUCAUAG